GCGAACCAAUCCAAAGGUCAGAGACAGACUCUUUUGGGAUUGAAUAUGCGAUCGAUAACGGAAAAAAGGAGAAGAAAAGUAUGGCUACAGAAACGGGUGAACUUGUGAGUGCGAAACUGUUGAAUAAAGCAUCGAACCCCAACUAUCUCAGACGGGCGUAUCUGCGCAGUGAUCCCAAUACUAGAAUCGUACCUAUUGCCAAAUGCAGGAAUGAGACGCCACGACAUCGAUUGACGACAUAUUCGGUUUUAAUAGGUUUUGCAUUUCGGCACAAGGCUAUCCUAUCGGCAACGAGUUGUCCAAGCGGUUCAAUCAAUGGUCAGCUGAUGUAGACCUAAAAUUUACCAUAUGGCCAAACCCAGCUGCCUAAUUUUCGCCGCGCUGUCUGACUAAUACGCCUAAUGCCCGAUACUACUGAACGAGUUGGCCUCCCCCGUAUGAAUUCCACCAGUAUUGUCCACCAAUCUUCUCGACGUGGAGACGAAUAAUUCAUCCGGCACUAAAACCAGUUGGCCCACGUGAUACCAGCAACGGGUGUAAAGAGGAGAAAAGAAAACGACCGAAAACCUCGGAAGACCCGUUCGCGAACGAGAAUAGAGAAAGACGGAUGCAUUGGCUACCUGUGGCCAAAAGUGACACCUCCCAUGUGUAGCACUGGUGGAAAGGGAAAGUGCGUUUUUCCAACGUGAAGAGACCGCGGCACAGUGGAAACCCCCGGCCUGGGUGAAGCUUUCGCAGACCGAUCGUAUCGAUCGGCGGUGUCAGUUGGUGUUUGGUGGUGAUCGCGAAUAGGAGCACCCAAUAGGACGAGCCGCGACAAUGACGGUCACGUACGGUGUCGAGAAGUGUCCGGACAAGUUUGACGAGUACAGGUGCAGCCUGCCGGAGCAGUACCGGAAGCUGGCCGCGGAACAGCUCCGCGAGGAUGAUCUGAUCCGGAAGCAGGCCAUCGAUCAGAUGCGCCAGUGGAUAGCGAAGCAUCCGUACAUCCGUCGGUGCCGUACGGAUUCGGUGUUUUUGCUACGGUUUUUGCGCCAGCGCAAGUUUUCCAUCCCGAAGGCGUGCGAAAUGUUGGAGCGAUAUCUCGCCCUGCGGCAAACGUUCCCGCACUGGUUCCAGGGGUUGGAUCCGUUCGACAAGACGAUGCAGACGCUCGGCGAGGAGGACGUGUUCCAUGUGCUCGGAUUCGACGCCAAGGGACAGAUCGUGAUACUGAUCAAAUCACGCAACUUUCGCGUGGACAAGUACGAUCUGGUCGAUCUGAUACGGUUUCUGCACAUGAACAUGGAGAUCCUGUCGUGCGACGAGCUGGUACAGGUGGCGGGCGUCGUACUGGUGGUCGACUGCUACGAAGCGUCCAUGGCCCACUUCACACUGUUCCGGCUGAGCGAGAUGCGUAACAUUGGUCCGUACAUCAAUCACCUGCUGCCGAUCCGUUGCCGGGAAAUCCACGUUAUCCGGCUGCCGAAGGUGGCCGCAUCCAUCGUUGACCUGCUGUUCACCUACGUCAGCCCGAAGCUGAAGCAUCGAUUUUUUUUCCACAAGACGAUCAACGAAGCCGUAAGCUACCUGGGCAAGACACUACUGCCGACCGAGUAUACCGAGGAAACUGAGGAACCAAAAGCUCUGACAAACGUCUACAGCAAGCGCAUCCGCGAGAGUCGCGAAGAGUUACAGAUGCUGGACCAGAUGGAGAUUGAUGUGGCAAAGUUUUCAUCGGUUUGGAGCAAAACCGGAUGUGCACCGGGCGGUAUCGAUACAGGCAUGGUGGGCAGCUUCCGCAAGCUGGACAUCGAUCUGGAGCAGAUUGCGGCCACGGAGCUGCGUGAAGACGGCAAGCUAAGGGAGGACUCGCUGACCGCGAUGCGUGAGUGGAUCCGUCAAAAUGGACGUCUUCACCGUUGCCGUACGGACGAUCGGUUUCUGUUGCGGUUUUUGCGUGUGAAGAAGUUCUCCGUGCCGCGCGCUUGUGAAAUGCUGGAACGCUACCUGACGAUGCGUCAAACUUAUCCGCGAUGGUUCGCACGCCUGGAUCCAGAGGAUCCGGAUCUGGUGGCGGUGCUGGAUGCUUGUUGUAUGCUACCGAUCGGGCGUGAUCCGUCGAGUGGUAGAAUAGUGAUCUUCGGUGUCGUACGGAACUUUGACGCACAGCGAUACAACUCCGACACCAUGAUCCGGUUGAAUAUGCUCGUAGCCGAAGCAUUGCUGGACGAGGAAGCGAACCAGAUUGCGGGGUUUACACACAUCUUCGAUAAUGGUGGCAUGACGAUGUCGCAUGUCACGUGCUGGACGUUGGACAACCUGGCCGGAUACCUCCGGAGCGUCAUCAACUGUAUUCCGGUGCGACUGAAAGAGAAUCACUUCGUCAGUGUGCCGACGUUCGCCGCUCAAAUCAGCAAAUACUGUUUGUCGUUUGCCAGUGAAAAGCUCCGGUCACGCAUCCAUUGUCACAGCACGGUGGAAGAGCUACGGGCCAAGGUGUCACCUGAUCUUCUGCCGCUAGAGUACGGUGGCAAGGGCCUCUCUCUGAAGGCUUUAAACGAACGCUUCCGAGAGUUCCUCCGUGCGAAGAGAACAACCUUACUCGAACUGGACGAUAUGGAGAUCGAUCUGAAAGAUCCACGGGAAGCGUCCGUACACGAGGACGUCGAACCCGAAUCUUUAAUUAUUAAACCAUCGAUCGUGCACCUUGGUGGUUUAUUUCGUCUUGAUCGGUCGACGGGUACGGUUGUCUCUCGGGUACAGUGUCAGUGUCUUCUCUCUCAGUUGGCAGAGCGUUUUGCGUCAGUUUCAGUGAGCAAAAAAGGUGCGUCACAUCGCAAGCCCAAGAUGCCCAGUGACGAGCUAGUGUUGAUUGCGGCCCCGAACCUGGACAAAGCGCCCGCCCACUACGAUAACGAGAUCGACGAGCUGGAUGAACACUGUCAGCAAUUAGCGCGGGACUUUCUGCGUGAAAACCCGACGAUACGUGACCAAAGUUUGGAACAGCUGCGUGACUGGAUCGCGAAGCAUCCGUGCAUCAAACGGUGCCGCACGGAUGCACGCUUUCUGUUGCGCUUCCUGCGCACGAAGAAGUACUCGUUCAUCAAUGCGUCUACCAUGUUGGAGCGGUAUCUCGCGUGCCGGGUCGUACAUCCACACUGGUUUAAGGGUUUGGAUAUUGAGGAUCGGGAGAUGUGUGAUCUUGUGAAGGCGGGCUUUCUGUACCCGGUGCUGGAGAAGGAUGCACGCGGCCGGACGGUGAUUUUCGGUGAUGCAGGCACGCUGGAUCCCAAGGUGUACACAAUCGGGCACGGUAGUCGUAUGCACAUGCUGGUGGGUGAAACGUUGUAUGACGAUGCCACGGUGCAGUGUGCGGGGUUUGUGCUGGUGUACGAUCUGACCGGUAUUACAAUGGGAAUGUUGGGCUUGGUGACGUUGAAUGAUAUUCGCGAUCUGGCCACUUAUCUUAACAACGCAGUGCCGAUGCGCAUCCAGGAGCUACACUUCGUCAAUACACCGAGCCUUGCGCUGAAGAUUGCCAACUACACGUUGACGAUGUUGAACGAGAAGCUUCGCAAUCGGAUCAUGUGUCACCGCAGUUGGGAAGAUUUGCACAAAAAGGUUGACAAGCGACUGAUGCCACAAGAGUAUGGUGGACCGAUCCCAAAGGAUGUACACAUUGCCGCGUUUGAGAAGCGCUGCCAAAUCUAUCGCCCACAACUACUUGCACUCGAUGAGAUGGACUACGAGGUUGGACGGGAUAUGGACAGCUGCAAAAAACCACACGUGGCCGAAAUUGAAACUGGAACUAUUGGAAGCUUCCGCAAGUUGCAGCUAGACUAGAGAAAGGGGAUGCCGAUCCACCGGAUGGAUUAGUUUUAAAGCAAUGGGUUCCCAUAGACUGUGAUGUAUCUCUUGUGCGUUUUGUUAACAUAUAAUAAUCCCGAACGUUUUCAUGUUCUUUCAUGUCUCUUAACUACUUAAAUACUCUCUGGAAAAUGGUGAACAGUAGCAACUUCGCCCUGUAUAUGGUAAUGAUUCGAAUAAUUUUUACAUUUUGCGUUUGUGGCGAGGUUUGUUUUGGUAGGCGUCUGGCACAAGCAGCUGUUGACAUUGCGCGUAAUGAUAAUAAUUAGCACCUGCGUGAAACAACGCUGGAAUGAAGAUGGGAGGACCACAAGUCCAAGUGAAACAAAACCGUUUCUUUCUUUUCUUCAUCGUGGAAGAUUGAGCCGCGGGUACCGCGAUGUGACCAGAAAUGAUAAUCUGUAUUCAAGGAUGACCCUCAGCCAAGGUGUGAAGGAUAAAGUUUU